CAAAGCAGGCAUGCAUCUUCAUCAAGAUUAACCAACAAUUAAUCAUAGCUACUCAUGGAGCUAGCUACUGUGUGUGUGUGCUCGCCCCUUUUCGCUAGCUACACGCCUAUAAAUUAGAGGCGCGUGUGUGUAGUCUUUGCCUCACCGAGUUCGUCGGUCGUCACCUGAUAUUUUUUCCGACGGACACACAAGCAUAUAUACAUACACGCCGACAUAGGGAUGAUGGCUUCCUCUAGUCCUCAGCGUGCAGCCGGCGCCGCCGUCGCCGGCGUGCUGCUGGUGGCGGCUGCCGCCCUGUGCUCGUGCGGCGCCAUGGCGCAGCUGACCGCGGACUACUACGACUGCACAUGCCCUGACGCCUACAACAUCGUGAAGCAGGUCCUGAUCGAGGCGCACAAGUCCGACGUGCGCAUCUACGCCAGCCUCACCCGCCUCCACUUCCACGACUGCUUCGUCCAGGGCUGCGAUGGCUCGGUGCUCCUGGACGCCGUUCCGGGGGUGGCCAACUCCACUGAGAAGCUGGCGCCGGCCAACAACAACUCGGCGCGAGGGUUCCCGGUGGUGGACAAAGUGAAGGCGGCGCUGGAGGACGCCUGCCCCGGCGUCGUCUCCUGCGCCGACAUCCUCGCCCUCGCCGCAGAGAUCUCGGUCGAACUGUCCGGAGGACCAAAGUGGGCAGUGCUUCUUGGGAGGCUAGACAGCAAGAAGGCCGACUUCAAGAGCGCGGAGAACCUGCCGUCGCCGUUCGACAACCUGACGGUGCUGGAGCAGAAGUUCGCGGCCGUGGGCCUCCACACCGUGGACCUGGUGGCCCUCUCGGGAGCUCACACGUUCGGGCGGGUCCAGUGCCAGUUCGUCACGGGGCGGCUGUACAACUUCAGCGGCACGAACCGGCCGGACCCCACGCUCAACUCCGGCUACCGGGCGUUCCUGGCCCAGAGGUGCCCCCAGAACGGCAGCCCCUCGGCCCUCAACGACCUGGACCCCACGACGCCGAACCUGUUCGACAACCACUACUACACCAACCUGGAGGUGAACCGGGGCUUCCUCGGCUCGGACCAGGAGCUCAAGUCGGCGCCGCAGGCGCAGGGCGUCACCGCGCCCGUCGUCGACCAGUUCGCCACCAGCCAGGCCGCCUUCUUCAGCAGCUUCGCGCAGUCCAUGAUCAACAUGGGCAACAUCCAGCCGCUCACCGACCCGGCCAAGGGAGAGGUCCGCUGCGACUGCCGGGUGGCUAAUGAUGAUUAAUCCACGACGACGACGUGUGUAGUUAGAAACGGACGUGAAUGCAUGUGCAUGUGCCCGGCCGGGUCGUUAGUACACCGACAAGCAAGAGUGCACUAGCGCUAUGGAUCGGACUAUAUGGUGCACAACUGCACAUGCAUGCAUAUAAUAUCAGGGCCUCGUCGUUUCGAAUUGUUUGCUGUCGACUUCAAUUAAUAGUUUCUCAUAAAUGUGCAAUAAAGAGGAACCCAAUUUCUCC